AUGACAGACGAAAAUGCAAGGAUGUAUUAUGAUCCUGAAUCUGACCCUGCGGCGCCGGCUCAGGGCCUCCCAAGAUUUCAAGGCGAUGGAGACACCGACCUGCAAGAACUGGUCGAGGUGGUUGCCCAGCCCCAGCAGCGCAAGUCCACAGAAGUACCAGACGAAAUCAUAAGCGGCCCACAGCCUAUCGCGGAUGACAGUGAUGAGCCCUUCCGGGGACAGCUAGACCGUGCUGUGAGCCGUUUAGGACCGGCACCGCCAGCCAGCAUCCAACAUCUGCAUGAGGAGUUGGAUGAUGAAGCGGAGACCUCGGAAGCCGAAGGGGAGGAGCAGGGCAGCGACUGGGGGGAGGAUGGCCUGGACAACGAUGUGGAGGCCGACGACGCCGUAGACUACAGCGGCUGGGUUCCCCCGUCCUCGAGUGUACCAAUGGGGGAGAUAUCUGCUUCCGUCAAUGCGCAAGCCGUCCGUGGUCAGCCGCGCAUCCUGACUGUCGCGGACUUUGCUGAGCCCCGCAUGAGCGCCAGUCAGCUGCAGCGCCUGGUGACCGCUCUGGGGAUCAUGCAGCCCGCAGGCCCGCUGAGCGUGGAGACCGUUGGUGCAGUGUACGCCCGCUGCCGGCCACCCGGUACCUCCAAACUCAAUUUCCUGCUCUUUCUGCGGGCGCUUUCCGCUCUCCAUCAGGAGGGCGGCAAGGUGGACGUGUGGGCGGCCGCCAGUGCGUUGGCGUUGCGGAUCAAGCGCAAGCAACAGCAGCAACAGCAGCAACAGCGAAAGCAGUCGACGAUGAACAUGCGGACCACGUCCCCGUCGGCGAAGAUGUCAUAUAAGUCACUGCAGCGCGCGGUUAGCGCUUCCGUUGGGCUCAACGGCAGCGGGGCUGGUGGUGGCGGGGCCGGUGGCAGCAGCGCUACUAUCGGGCUGCCUAGAGUCCACGGGGAGGAUGUCGCCAGGCUGAGUGACUCGGAGGCGGCGGCGCCAGUGCUACUGCCGAGGCUGCCGGCAGUAGCCAGCGGGCACCUCCGCGGGAACACUGCUGCCGCUGCCGCGGGCGGCAGCGACGGCGGCGGCGCAGUUGCAGGCUACUACCCCCAGCCUGUGGUGUCGCUCCCCGCGUCGUCGGCCUCCCGCUUGAGACUACAAGUGGACCAGGGCGCCGCUAGGCCGCCGCCACCGCUGCCGCUGGUGACGGCGGCCGCGAGAGGUGAUGGCGGCACUGCAUUUCCGCGGGAGCUGGUGUUAGUGGGCAAUUACGGAGGGGGUGUAACGGUGCAGAGGUCCUCCACCGGCAUUGCAACGCUGCCCCAGGGCUACACCCUGCUCGCGACCGGCCCUAACCAGAGCAACCCCGGAGGCGGCAUGGUGGGGGAAGGAUUUCAGGCGCUGGUGCUGCAGCGGAUCGCAACACUAGAGGAGGAAACGCAGGAGCAAAGGGAGCGCCAUGCUGAGCUUCGAUUGGAGCUCCUGCAGAAGUUAGCUGACGUGGCGGCGACGGUGGCGUCAGCGGUGCCGCCGCAAACGCCGCCGCAAAUCGCCGUUCAGCAAACCGCCGACGCGGCACACGUGGCUGUAACCGCUGCGGGUACGGCACACCGGGCGGUCAUGGGAGCCGCUGCGGCGGCGCGAGCCGCCAAUGACGCGACGGCUGCGGCGGCCGCAGCUAACCGGGAGACAGAGCUUUUGGCGGCCCGCAUGGCGGCGUGCGAGACGAUGGUGGCGCAGCGCUUGGAGGAGGGAAUGAAGGAGCAACGCGAGUCUGUGACUGCAUUCAGGGCCCAUCUGGAGACUCUAGAGGGCUCUAUCACAGCGGUGGUGAUGGCGGCCUUGUCGACGCAGCUUGAGGAGCAGUUGGAGAAGCGUCUGCGGGAGCAUCUCAGCACGACGGAGGUGGAUAACAAGCUACUGCCGACCAAUGGCGAAGCAGUAGCAGCUGCGGCGGCGGCGGUGGCGGCGGCGGGGCAGCACAUGCCUGAAGCCGACGACACAGCCCAUCCAGCAGCUGUGGCGGCGGCUGUAGCGGUGACUGAGCAGCGUCUUGCCAGCGUUAAAGCCCUCGCCGCGGCGGCGGCGAUAGAGGCGACUGAGAAACGCCUCGCUGUCGCCGAAGCGGCAGCAACCAAGGCGGCUGUAGCUGCCGCUGUGGCGGCGACGGAGGAGCGCCUCGCAAGCGGCGGAGAAACGCUUUGGCGGUGCCGAAGCCGCUGCCAAGCGGCUGUGGCUAUAGCGGCGGCAGAACAGCGCCUCGCUAGGGUCGAAUCCUCAGUUACGGCGGUAGCGAUGGAAGCGACUGAGAAACGCCUCGCUGUUGCUGAGGCCGCUGCGACCAAGGCGGCUGUAGCUGCUGCUGUGGCGGCGACGGAAGAGCGCCUCGCAAGUGCCGAAUCCUCAGUCACGGCGGUAGCGAUAGAAGCGACUGAGAAACGCCUCGCUGUUGCUGAGGCCGCUGCGACCAAGGCGGCUGUAGCUGCUGCUGUGGCGGCGACGGAAGAGCGCCUCGCAAGUGCCGAAUCCUCAGUCACGGCGGUAGCGAUAGAAGCGACUGAGAAACGCCUCGCUGUUGCCGAGGCCGCUGCGACCAAGGCGGCUGUAGCUGCUGCUGUGGCGGCGACGGAAGAGCGCCUCGCAAGGGCCGAAUCCGCCGUCACGGCGGCGGCAAUAGAGGCGGCGGAGAAACGCCUCGCUGUUGCCGAGGCCGCUGCGACCAAGGCGGCUGUAGCUGCUGCUGUGGCGGCAGAACAGCGCCUCGCAAGGGUCGAAUCCUCAGUCACGGCGCUGCCGCUGUGGCGGCGACGGAAGAGCGCCUCGCCAGUGCCGAAUCCUGCAGUCACGGCGGUAGCGAUGGAAGCGACUGAGAAACGCCUCGCGGGUGCCGAGGCCGCGGCUGCUAAAGCGGCUGUAGCAGCUUCCAUGGCGGCGACGGAAGAGCGCCUCGCAAGUGCCGAAUCCUCAGUCACGGCGGUAGCGAUGGAAGCGACUGAGAAACGCCUCGCUGUCGCUGAGGCCGCUGCGACCAAGGCGGCUGUAGCUGCCGCUGUGGCGGCGACGGAACAAGUUCUCACCGGUGCUGAAGCUGCUGCGACAGCGGCGGCAGUAGCAGCGACUGAGAAGCGCUUCGCGGGUGCCGAGGCCGCGGCUGCUAAAGCGGCUGUAGCAGCUUCCAUGGCGGUUACGGAGCAGCGCCUUGUCCGCGCGGAAGCUGCGACUGCGGCGGCGGCGAAGGCGGCGACUGAGACUCGUCUUGCAGAGGCUGAAGUGGCGGUGACGGCGGCGGCAGUAGCAGCGACCGAAAAGCGCCUUGCCAGCGCCGAAGCCGCUAUCGCGUCUGUGGCUGUGGCGGCGACCGAGCAGCGCCUCGCCCGCGCGGAAUCCGCCGCUACGACGGCGGCGGUAGCCGCAACUGAGAAACGCCUCAUUGCCGCCGAGGCCACGGCAACUAAAGCGGCUGUAGCUGCCGCCGUAGCAGUGACAGAACAACGCCUCGCAAACGCCGAAUCCAGCGCCACAGCGGCGGCACUAGCAGCGACUGAGAAACGCUUCGCGGGUGCCGAGGCUGCAGCUGCUAAAGCGGCUGUAGCUGCCGCCGUUGCGGUGACGGAGAGGCGUCUCGCCGAUGCUGAAGCUGCUGCUACUGCGGCAGCGGUGGAGGCGACCGCGAAGCGUUUCGCAGGUGCUGAAGCCGCUGCUGCCAAGGCUGCGGUGGUUGCAGCGGUCGCUGUGACUGAGAAGCGCAUCGCCGGCGCCGAAUCUGCCAUCACGGCAGCUGCGAUGGCGGCGACUGAGAAGCGUCUCGCUGACGCGGAAGCCGUUGCGACGGCGGCAGCGUUGGCAGCGACUGAAAAGCGCUUUUCUGGUGCCGUAACUGCCGCUACGGCGGCUGCGCUCGCGGCGACAGAGCAGCGCAUUGUGGAUGCAGAAGCAGCGGCCACAGCGACAAGUGCGGCUGCCGCCAGACUCGAUGCCACCGUAGUGGAUCUCAAGACUCGUCUCGACACGAUUGAAUCUAAGGUAAAGGACGCCCUCCGCAGCCGUACACACCCUGCGCCAGGCUACGUCAACGAUGACGCAUCCGAGGUUGGACGCCUCUUCCCCGACGCCGUUGCUUCCCUCGACGCCGCCAAGAACCGGAGCUCGGACAAUCGUGGCAUUCGCAGUUUAAAAAGCAUCCUUGCACCACCACCGCCACAGGCACCGCCGCCUCCGCAGCCUGCGGGCGGCUCUGUCAGGGACAGCGGCGCUGCUGUCGCUGCCGCUGACGCCGACGGAGGCUUACGCGGCGCCAACGCCAGCGCGGCAGAUGCGGCAGCGGAGUGGGACGCGCUGGCGAUCCGCGUGUCGGCUUGUGAGCGCAUCGCCGCUGCCGAUUCCCUGGCGCGCAGCAUGCAUCACACCGUUCUGGACCAUCAUAACCACGUGCUGGACGAGCAUACGACACAGUUGCAGCGCCUGGAUACGGCUUUGGAUCGGCUGCAGGAGCAGCUGCAGGACCUUCAAAACCAGGUGGAAUCCCUUCAGUCGCUUCGGCGGGGGCCCCAGUCGCAAUUCGAGUUGUCGCAACGCCUGACGGCUCUUGGUGAGAUGUUUGCGGCGCUCCAAGAGCAGCUGGAGGACCUGACUUCCAAGGUGGGCUGGAUGCAAGCCAAGGGCGCUUCCAGCACUUCGGUUUCGGAUCCAAAGACUGUGGGACUUGGAUCCAGCCUGCAGUACCAGGUAUCUGGUGCAGCUGGCGGCAUCAGCGACGGCGUCAGCAGUGGCCCCACCGCCGCCGCCGCUACCACCUCCGAGGCGCUUUUGGCAGCUUCGGAGCAACGUUUGCGGCUGGAUCUAGAGGCCGCAUUGAAGCAACUGACAUCACAAUCCUUAGAGGAUCUGGACCAAAUCCGCCUCCGCUUAGCUGAGCUAGAGAAGUCGUCCAAGGCCGGUACAGCAGCACCGGAUUCGGUUUCGGGGCUUUCGUACAUCACCAAGGCCGACCUGGAGGAGUUACAGUCCUUCAUGCACACGGCGCUGGAGGAGCUCAGCCUCUCCAUAAGGCGACUAGACGCAUCCACAGCGGACCUCAACGUGGAUAUGCAGCAUGCGGCCAAGGAUGUGGGUCGGCUGCUGGUGCAGGAACAGCCGUCCUGUGCUUGGUAUGGCAUGCAGUUGUUACCGUUACCGUUACGGUUACAGUUGCCGUUGCUUUGCAUGCAACGAUUAACUGCGGUUCAAAGGGUGGUUAAGCUGUAUGUAAGGAGUAUAGGGGAGCAGGGCUUCGAUCGAUCUUGGUAUGUUGUACGGAGCCACAGUGUUAUAUAG